GCUGGGGCACCGCUGCAGCCUCGCAGCAUACGUAAGCCAUCAGCAUCACAACCCACAACCUUCAUGUUGGGCCUACUAUGACUACGACCUUGGUAUAUUUCCUUCCCCCAGACCUGGGACUCCCUCCCACCGAACUGACGAGUAUAUCGCGAAGUCGACAAGAUGAAUCAACCAGGCCCGAAAGGCGUCGCUGUGUCGGAGCAGCAGUUCAACCGCGCCUGUGACGCUUGCCGCAUGCACAAAGUCCGCUGCCUGCCUAAUAACUCCGCGACAUCGAAGACCUGCCAGCGCUGCGCGAGGACGGACAGACAAUGCGUGUAUACUGCGCCGCAGAAGCGGAAACAGAGGAAGAGGACGGAUGCGCGGGUAGCGGAGUUGGAGAGGGAGGUGCAGGCUAUGAGGACGCUGUUCGAGAAGAAGGAACAGCCUCCGAAUGGGAAUUCGAGCUCGACGGUUGGGGAUACGCCAGUGGCACAUAUGUCUGGCUCGGGCUCGUCAACGACGGGCAGUGAGGAGCAGCUGGGGAGGACGGCGGUGGUGGAGGCUGCUAGGUCGGAACCACAGCAGCCGUUGAAUUUGGAGUGGAGUGGGAUGCCGACUCAAGAACCGAUGGGUACUCCUGCUGCCUAUUCCCCGGAUUCGGAUGUCAUUGAUCGGGGUGUUAUAUCGCUGGAGCUAGCAACUCAGUUACUGCAUUCGUACAAUACUGGGCUGGUCAACUAUUUUCCCACCGUUCACUUCCCUCCUGAAGUCACGGUUGAAGAGCUCAGGAAUACCAAACCAACCUUGUUCUUGGCAGCAAUAGCCGCCGCCUCUGGAAAAGAAGGCUCUCGACUUUACAGCAUUCUCAAUACCGAAGUUCUCUCUGCAUAUGCCCAUCUGACGGUCAUCAGGGGUGAGAAAUCUCUUGAGCUCGUUCAAGCCUUGAUCAUCACUUCAGUCUGGUAUUACCCUCCAGGGAAGUACUCGCAGCUCAAGUUCUAUGAGUACAUCCACAUGGCUGCGACAAUGGCAUUAGAUAUUGGUUUAGGCACGAAUCCAAAGACUUUCAGGAGCCGUCGCGGGACAGAUUCUGAUGGAGACUCACCUCCCGCAGGUGACCUAAACGAUGCGGAGCUUGAAAAAAGGAAGACUUUUCUGGCUUGCUAUCUGAUUAGUACUGGGGUGGCCAUGAGUAUGAGACGACCCAAUAUGCUGCGGUUCAACAAGUGGAUUAAUGAAUGUCUUGAGUCCGUGGCUAACAACCCAAGAGCUACGAAGCUGGACACAUAUUUGGUUCAUUGGGUCAGAGUGACCAAAAUCCAAGAUGAACUUGGACAGUCCCUCUCAUUUGAUGAUCCAAGUAACAUGGCGAACCUGGCUGAACCGAUGGUACAGCUGAAAGUCACCGGCUUCGAGAAGACAUUGGAAGCUUGGAAGAAAGUAGCUGAGUUUGAAGUCAACGAUAUACUAAUGUUACAAUACCACCAUACACAAAUGUACCUCCACGAGAUCGCCAUGCACGACGAGCACCCACCCGAAGACUUCAUGCCCCCUUUCGGCCUCGAGAAAAUCCUCUCCGUCCUCACAAUCCAAUCCGACUCCCGCGCCCCCUCCUCUUACAUAGACUCCACUGCCGUCUCCAUCUCCUCAGCACAAGCAUUCCUCGACAUCCUGAUAAACAUGGAUAUCGAUGCCCUCCGCAUGAUACCUAUCUUCAACUUCGCGCGCAUGGCGUACUGUCUAAUCACGCUCAUCAAACUUUACAUCUCCGCCAAAACCCCUUCGUCUCCCAUCGGCUCUGUUCUCGACCCAAAAUCCUUGAAAAUUGGGUAUUAUCUCAAUGCACUUAUGGAGACAUUGGUGGAGGCCAUUGGACCGAAUGAAUGCAGAUCGCCGUAUACGUUUCUCGGGAUGAUAUUACGGUUUCAAGCGUGGUACAACAGCCAAGAACACACCGACGUCUUUGUCCCUCCUAUCGCCAACCGGAGGGCAGAGGAUUGCUGGCUGCCUCCUGUUCCCGAGAUUCACUGGUACAGGCGCCUUGAGAAACGACAAGAGACUCUUGAUCGCCCACCGAUCGGUCGAACACCUUCAGACGGUACUAUGAUGCCGAACGAGAUGCUGCAGGAUCCGUUUGAGAGGAUGGAUCUUAAUGUGAAUAGAGCUAAGAACAUCGGAUCUGGAGCUACCGGAAGUGGGGGCGGGCCAACUGAUCCUGGGAACGAGCAGAGUAUUGAGAACUUCUUGUUGUAUGAUCAGAUGGAGGGGCUUGGACAGGGGUUUGGGGAGUGGAUGCCCGAGGUGGAUAUGCCGGGCAAUCAGAUGGAUGGGUAUAGUUGGGAGUUCUCGCAGGGGACGGGACAUACUCCUCCGCAGUGAAAAUUUGCGCCUCUCACUUAGCCAGUGGUAUGGCGUCCAGACAGAUUUGCUUUAGCGUGAGGGAAUCGCGGUGUAAUGGUAUUGUUUUGUUCUAUCGGAAGAUGGGAUACCCAAUUGGCGUUCGGAAGGCAAGCGAUUUGACUUUUAGAAACUCGGGAUUGAUAUCGGUGAUGAUAUAUAGGAGAUGGGAGCCAUUUUGCUGAGGAUUACUGGUAUGGCUGGAGGGGUCGCAGACGGAAGAUACUCUCUCAGAUCUCGGAUUGGAAAAAAGUCUCCUCCCCAAAGGCAGACGUGCUCUGACAAUUUAAAAAUUCCACUCUCGAAUCGGAAACCAAAAGAACCAUUGAGGUUUGUGCUCUGUAAGUUGUCAGUUAGUUCAAC